AUGCAGCUUCCAUCAACAAAUUCAAGUCCCUUCGACAACUUUUACCGCGAAUUACUUGAAAAACGUUCGUGGUUCAUCAUUUUUCAAGCCAUUAUCGGGCUCAUAACUUGCACCGGAGCUUCAAUCGUACUUUUUCUGUUCUACUUGACACGCAAAAAGUUCAAUUCUGCCUCCAUGACAUCAGCUCGGAAGUUUUUCAUCGCCUUAGCUACCGCUGAUUUCCAAAGCGGCAUCAUUUUGACGCCCGUUUUGAUGAACGCUGCUGCAACUGGACUUCGGGUGAACGACAAUUUUUGCGUGGAAUCGAUUUGUUUGGUAUCCUAUACGUUACUCGUGACACUUUUUUUGCUCGUGACGAUGACCUGCGACAGAUAUUUGGCGAUUUUUUAUCCGUUGAAGCAUCGAGUGCAUUCCAAAAGUGGCGUUACGUGCUUCGUGAUCGUCGCUUGUUACAUUUUGGGAGGAAUUUUAGCUUUUUUGUGCUAUUUGUCGAGGAAUUUGGAGUCGCCGCAUCCAGAAGUGAUUUGUUUCGUCAGCUACGAACGCAUUAGUGACUCCUAUAGUCAACCGGUAAUUUUAUUUGUAGUUUUUCCAUCGAUUUUUGUGUUCGUCGUUGCUUAUGUGAGAAUUUUUAAAGCUAUCCGAACUUCGACGAAAACUGUUCCCAAGUCCAUGAAAAAUGCUGAAAAAAUCAUCAUUCGUCGAAAUACUCGUAAAAUUCUGACUGGAAUAAGUGCUCGUGAGGUUCGUGCAACAUUAAUUCUCUUCCUAACGAUUCUUCUUUUCCUCUUGGUGUGGAUUCCAGCUCCUGUUGGCUUCAUAAUUUACCGAUAUUUUCCAUCUUAUGGAUCACUCAACUUGGGAAUCGCUGUUUUGUUGUGCAUGCAACUCAAUUCGAUGAUAAAUCCCUUUUUGUACGCCAGAAAUAUCAAAAAUUCGAGGAAAUUAUUGAUGGAUUGUGUCGUCAAAAGGUCUUUUGUGCCUCAAAUAUAG